AUGGAAUUACAACUUUGAGGCAAAGAGCCACCAAGACCCCAAUCUUACUAUCCUCUUUCCCGAUCUCGUCCGUCAUUUUUCUCUAGGCUUUUAUUUUCUUGAGUAGGAGAAAUCCUAAAUAUAGGCAAAAAAUCUAAAGUAAGUAUUGAUGAUUGCUAUGAAUUACCUGAAGAUGAAUCUACAGAAAAUGAAAAAUUAACAUUUUUACUUACUACGCCCUUUAUAAAUUGGAAUAAAAUUUUAAUUUUUAAUAGGAAAAUUUAUAGGUAAAAUACUAAAUUUUAUAUAAUAGGUUUUACCUAAUUUAAUUAAAGAAGUGCACUAUUUAAACAAUUUUCACGCUAAUUUGAUUAAUUUUUGAAUUAAUUCUUUAUAAAAGAAAUUAAUAUUUUUGAAAGAGAAAAAUUUAAUAUAAAUGUUUUUCAAUAAAAAAUUAGUCCAUUUAAAUUGGAAUUCAAAUUCUGUUCUAUUUAAAGGGGGACUUAAGCAGGCACAAAUUAUUCAAAGCACUAUUUUUAGCAAAUUUAAAGGUUGUAAUAUCAGCUGUUCUUCUUGGUAAUGUUAUUGCCCUUUUAGAUUUUUCGUCACCUUUUUUCAUGAAAUUGCUCAUGGCCUAUCUAAAUACAAGUGACAAGCCUUUAUCAUGAGGUAUAUAUUUGGCUAUCAUUUUUUCAACAAUAACUAUGUUAAAUCCAAUACUAACCGGAAAAUAUGAAUGAAUAAAGCUGCAAAUAGAAAGACGAGUGAGAACUUCUUUAUCUAAUAUUGUUUACUGCAAAAUUUUAAAAGCCACAAGCAUCCCAAGUGGAUUAGGCGUCAACAUUAUACAAGUUGAUGUCAAAAAAAUAGAUCAGAGCUUUAGAAAUUUCAGUAAUCUCAUUUCCUGUCCAAUUCAAGGAUUUUUUUCUAUUUUUUUAAUUUACAUGCAAGUAGGAGAUGCGGUAUAUGCUGCAAUUGGGGUUCUUACUGUAUGUUUUACAAUGAACUAUUUUAUUAAUAAAAAAGUGAGGAAAUGCAGUGAACAGCUUAUGAAAAUCCGUGACCAGAGAAUAGAUGCAUCUUCACAAAUGCUGACUAAUAUACUUUUAUUAAAAAGCUGAGCAAGAUAUAUUAUAUGCAAAAAAUAGCAUUAAUCGUAUGCAAGAUGCAAAUUUAUUUAUGAAUUUUUAAUUUAAAAAAUAUAUAAAAAUGGUCAAAGCUUAUGUCUGGGAAAAUUUUUUCAAAAAUAAUGUAGAUAAUAUCCGAAAAAAAGAGCUAAAGGAGCUGAGAUUUAUCAUGAUAUUGUCAUCAGUAUGAAUUUUCUUUUUUUGAGCUAUCCCAAGCAUAACAGUGGCUUCAGUGUUUUUAUAUUAUACAUUAGUAAUGAAUAUGCCACUUACUUCAGAAAAAGCAUUUGUCAGUUUAGCGACUGUGACUAUUUUGCAAGAGUCUCUUCAGGAUUUGCCAUGAUUAGCAGCACAGCUUAUGGGCUGUCUUGUAAGUAUAAAAAGAAUCCAGGGAUUCCUUGAUAUUCCUGACCUAGAAAGCCUCCCAUCUUCAGAAUGCAUCGAAAUAAAGAACUGCACAUUUGCUUAUAAAGACAAGGCUGUAUUACAUGAUAUUAAUCUUAAUAUAAAAAACGGAGAAUUUUUGGCUGUUAUUGGGCCAGUUGGAUGUGGAAAAUCCUCACUGUUAGCAAGCAUUAUGGGAGAGCUUAAUAUUCUCAAAGGAAAUAUUUGUGUAACAAGUGAAAUUGCGUAUGCACCUUCUCUAGAUUCUUGGAUACAAAAUGAUACAUUAAGAAAUAACAUUUUAUUUGGAAAGCCAUAUGUUGAAAAGUGAUAUUUAAAAGUCAUUGAAGCUUGCUGCUUAAUUCAGGAUAUAAAUUCCUUGCUAAAUAAAGACUUUACUGAAAUAGGAGAAAGAGGAAUCAAUUUAAGCGGAGGCCAAAAAGCAAGAAUUUGCCUUGCAAGGGCUGUUUAUGCAGAUAAGGAUGUUUAUUUGUUAGAUGAUCCAUUAAGUUCGGUUGAUACUUUUGUGGCUGAGCAUAUAAUGAAUAAGUGUUUUUUGAAGCUUUUGGCAAAAAAGACGAGAGUAUUGGUAACUCAUAGGCUGAAUAUUUUGAAUAAGGUCGAUAAAAUUAUUGUCCUUGAAAAUGGAAAAAUUUCUAAAGAGUCAUCUCCUGAAGCAUUUAAAAUAUCUGAAAAUUUGAUAUUUUGCUAUAGAUUGAUUCGUAAGUUCAAUUAAUAUAUUAAAUUAUUGGCUUUAAAAUAAUGGCAAUUAUUACGAAAGAGAAUAGUAAGUCAGGAACCUCAAAUUGAAGAAAUUUCCAGUUCUCAGCCAAAAUUAAUUCAAGAUGAAGAAAAAGAAACAGGGAAAGUCGAUUGAAAAGUAAUAAUGGAUUAUUUUAAAUUCUCAGGCGGUUUUGCAGCGCUAACUCUCAGUUUGCUAAUGAUGCUGCUCUACACAAUUGCAAAAAUGUCAGGUGAUAUAAUCCUAAAACAAUGAAGUGAUAACCCAGACGAUAUACGCUUCUAUCUCCCCAUAUAUUUAUCCUUAAGAGUGGGUGGAAAUAUUUUUAUAUUUUUUUACUCCCCCCGUGAGCUAACAAAAAAUUUUGUUCGUGAACUUUAUAUAUAAAUUUAUAAUAAAUUUCUUUUCAUAAAAAAUUUCCAAUUUGUAAGAAUUGAGAAGUAAAAAUUAAUUUAAUUUGCAAAUUUAUGUUGAAAAUUUAAGCUGUUUAAAAUUAAACAAAAUUAGCUAGAGAUUUCAUUACAAUAAUUAUCACUUAUAUAUAAAUUUUUUAUAUUAAAAAAUUUGUGUUCGCACACGGAGGGCAGGAUUUUAGGCAAAAAAUAGGGAUUUUCCAAUGGUUUUGGGGAGUUAGAGCUUUUUUUAUUCUUGCAGUCCUUGGUAUCAAUGCAUCUAGAUACAUCCACACAAAAUUAAUCGAAGUCUUCGUCAGAGCUCCUGUAAAUCUUUUUUAUGACGUUACUCCUAUAGGAAGACUCCUUAAUAGGCUUAGUAAAGACUUGAACGCAAUAGACGAAAUGGUCUCAAAAUCGCUUUCUAGCAUAACUAAUAAAGCUUUCCAAAUUUCUUCAAUGGUAAUUAUGGCUGCGAUUUAUUUCCCAGUUAUAUCAAUUGCUUUACCUGUGCUAUUUUAUUUAUCACUAAAAAUCCAAAGGCUGUACUUAGGGGCAUCAAGGGAGCUAACAAGGCUUGAGGCAAUUUCUAUGUCACCUAUUUUGAACCAUUUUACUGAAACUUUGUCAGGACUGAAAAUUAUUAGGACUUUUAAACAGACAGAAAAUUUUCAUAGAAAAAAUUCAAAAUUGGUUGAUAUAUGUGAUAAGACGAUUUUUUAUAUUUUUUAUAUUAUAAUAGGCAUAUUUUACAAUUAAAAAAACGGGAAAAAAUGCACAUUUUUUGGGUAGUCAUUAUUUUAAAAAUAGAUAAUAAUAUUAGGCUACUCUAUUCAAUAGCAGCUUGCAAGUGCUGACUUAUGACAAAUAUGGAGUUAUUGAGUUCUUCAUUGCUUUGCUUGCUAUAUAUAGCUGUUAUUAUCUUCCGAGAUGAUGUUUCUCUUGGUAUGGUAGGGCUUGCUCUUACAUAUGUUGGACCGCUUCCAUUAUAUGUCGCUUACGGUUCAGCGAAUUUAUCCAAAACAUCAGGAAGCUGGCUUUGAGAAAUUUCUGAAAGUCGUUUUAGCAAGAAAACCAUGAAGUCUGUUUUUGGAAAAAAUAGUUAAGUCGAAUAAAAUAAACUUUUAAUAGAAAAUUUUAACCGACUUGCAAUGGUUUCAUUUAAUAGACAUGGAUAAAUGGUAUGAAGUCGGAGAAGCAAAAUACUAGCGUGACUGAGAAAUGAAAAAUAGCAGAGUUGGAGAUAAGAAAUCUACAUAAGUCGCGAUCUUAGGUUAUCGGCAAGUUGGUGCUAAAAUUAACGGAAAUUUUGAUGAACCCUACCAAGUCUUCAAUAUAAAACCAAUACAAGUCGAGUAAUUAAAAUAUGAUCAGAUCAAUUAAUCUAAAUUUAAAAAAAACACCAUUUUCUUAUAUUUUUUCGAUAAUGUAAAAUAUAUAUAAAUUUCAGUGUCGUGAUUAUGAAACCAUUUAUAGUAGAGAAAUUAAAACUGUAGCAGGUAGGCUAUGAGAAAUAUUAGGAAGUCGUUGCGAGUUUUAGUAUCCAAUAAAAUAAGUAUAGUCGAUUAAAAAAAUAAUUAAAUUAAAAUCUUUGAUUGGGGGUCUUAAAAUAAGGCAUAUAAAAUUAAAUAUGAAUCCAAGAUUUACUCACCCUCUUUACGGCAAUUUCGCAGAGAUACUCAGAACUGAAGAUAACGCAAUAAAUUGGUGUCAAGAAGUGAAAAUAAUGCAGCCAAACAUUUGUGAUAUAUGCCAUAAACCAUGCCUCUCUUAUUGAAAUGGAGGAUCUAUGUUUCUACGUUGUACUUUAUGCAAUUUAAGUUUUUCAAUUCGAAGAAGAUCCAUAUUUUCCCAAUCAAGACUCUCAAUAAGCAAGAUGGUUAGGUUAAUUUUCCAUUGCUUCGUCCGAGAAUAGUCCAUGAUAACUAUUGUUGAAGACAGCGAAAUAUCAAAAGAUGCUGUUAUAAAGCUGUUUAAAAAGCUGAGAGCUUUAAUAAGUGAACAUGAGAUUGAAAAUUAUUUUACUGAUAAUCAAGUUGGAAUAGAAGAUGAAGAUGGGCAAGAUCAUCCAACUGUAGAACUUGAUGAAACUCAUAUUAUGACUAUGGAUUAUGAUCCCAAAUGGCUAUUCGGAAUUUUUGACAGAGGAACAGAAGACUAUAGAUUUUACUAUGUAGGCAACGAUAGAACUUGGGAAAAUUUAUCAGGAUAUAUUCUAAAUGCAGUAUCAAACGAUCAAACGAAUGCUACAGAAGUAUUUACAGAUGGCUGAGCAGCUUACAGACAGCUUCCAACAUUAGGAUAUCGCCAUUCAAUUGUUUUUCAUAAUCAAGACUUUGGGAAUUGGAAGGCAAACAACUAAUCAUAUGAAAACGUUUGGAGCAGGCUAAAAGACUAAAGGCUUAUAGAAAUGGUUUUCGCCCAAAAAAUGAAAAAGAUUUGGAUAAUUACUGUAUGCUUUGUUAUUGGCUUCUCAAACUAAAAAAUAUACCAGAAAGAAUAGACUCAUUGAUAUAAAUUUUAAAUAUCUCUAAAUUUUAAUUUAAUUAUUUUUUUUAAUCGACUAUAUUUAUUUUAUUGGAUACUAAAAACUCGCAACGACUUCCUAAUAUUUCUCAUAGCCUACCUGCUACAGUUUUAAUUUCUCUACUAUAAAUGGUUUCAUAAUCACGACACUGAAAUUUAUAUAUAUAUUUUACAUUAUCGAAAAAAUAUAAGAAAAUGGUGUUUUUUUUAAAUUUAGAUUAAUUGAUCUGAUCAUAUUUUAAUUACUCGACUUGUAUUGGUUUUAUAUUGAAGACUUGGUAGGGUUCAUCAAAAUUUUCCGUUAAUUUUAGCACCAACUUGCCGAUAACCUAAGAUCGCGACUUAUGUAGAUUUCUUAUCUCCACUCUGCUAUUUUUCAUUUCUCAGUCACGCUAGUAUUUUGCUUCUCCGACUUCAUACCAUUUAUCCAUGUCUAUUAAAUGAAACCAUUGCAAGUCGGUUAAAAUUUUUCUAUUAAAGUUUAUUUUAUUCGACUUAACUAUUUUUUCCAAAAACAGACUUCAUGGUUUUCUUGCUAAAACGACUUUCAGAAAUUUCUCAAAGCCAGCUUCCUGAUGUUUUGGAUAAAUUUGCUGAGCCGUCGCUUACGUUGUUGUCGAUCUAUCUCUCAACGAAAAUACAAUGAUAUCAGUAGAAAGGGCUAGACAAUAUAUGAGCAUAAUUCAAGAAAAUCCAGAAGAAUUGCCAACUGACAAAAAUUUACAAAACUGGCCUGAGUUGCCAACUAUAGAAUUUAAAGAGGUGAAAAUGAAGUAUAGGCCCAGCACACAAAUGAUACUCAAAGGAGUCAAUUUUUAUAUAGAAGCCGGCAAAAGGAUAGGAAUUGUAGGUAGGACAGGCAGUGGGAAAUCCACAAUUUAUCUUUGCUUAUUAAGAAUAGUUGAGCUUUUUUCUGGCUCAAUUCUAAUAGACGGAGUAAACAUUGCUAAUAUCGGAUUGCACAAGCUCCGAUCAGCUAUUACAUUAGUCCCUCAGGACCCUCUUGUAUUUAAUGGAAAUUUUGAAAAUAAUUUGGAUCCUUGCCACACAAAAAGCCAAAAGCAAAUAAAAAAUACGUUAGAAGAAGUAAACCUGUCAAGAUAUCCUAUUGAUUACCAAAUAAAAGAAAAUGGCUCUAAUUUAUCAGCUGGCGAAAGACAGUUAUUAAGUUUAGGAAGGGCAAUGCUAGCUAAUACAAAAAUUAUUCUUUUCGACGAAGCGACUGCAGGGAUUGAUCAAGACUCUGACAUGAAAAUCCAAGAAUUAAUUAAAAAUAGGUUCGAGAGAUGUACAAUACUGACAAUUGCACAUAGGCUAGGUACUGUUAUGGAAAGCGAUCUUAUCAUAGUUAUGCAAGAUGGAAUUGCUGCAGAAAUCGGGUCUCCCCAAGAGUUGCUGUCCAAAAAUUCUAUUUUCAAGGAUUUAAGUAAUAAAAUAAUUUAA